AUGGAGGGAAAAACCCAUGAGGAAGAGGAUCAAAUCGUGACUCCAUGGGAAGUAACCGCCGAAAAGGGCGGCAAAAUCGACUACGACAAGCUUAUCGACAAGUUCGGCUGCCAGAGGAUCGACCAGCCGCUCGUUGAUCGCGUCGCCCGCCUCACGCGCCGACCUCCUCACGUAUUCCUCCGCCGCGGCGUCUUCUUCGCCCAUCGGGAUUUGAGUGACGUCCUCGAUGCUUACGAAAGAGGGGAGAAGUUUUAUCUCUACACGGGCCGUGGCCCCUCAUCGGAGGCACUGCAUUUGGGCCAUCUCGUGCCCUUCAUGUUCACAAAGUAUCUGCAGGAUGCAUUUAAGGUCCCGCUUGUAAUACAACUAACAGAUGAUGAGAAAUGCAUGUGGAAGAAUUUAACUGUGGAGGAAAGCCAGAGGCUUGCCCGUGAAAAUGCUAAAGAUAUAAUUGCUUGUGGUUUUGAUGUUUCAAGGACGUUUAUAUUUUCUGAUUUUGAUUAUGUUGGAGG